AUGCAUCCUCCUUUGACGUUGCAUAGACACCCCAUGUGUACUGAAAUUAUUGAGGAGUUUCAGAAAUGUCAUAUUGACCAUCCUAUUGGGAAAUUCUUUGGCGAGUGUACAGAACUCAAAAUAAAGCUUGAUCGAUGUUUCGGACAAGAAAAAGCGGUAAAGCGCAAGGCGAACUUCGAGGAGAGUAAGAAAUUGAGAGAAAGGCUUCAAGCAUUGAGGAAGGAAAAUGCUGAAGCAGAAGCUUAAUGUUGAUUGUUACUGCAUAGCAGGUCACAGUUUAUAAUUAUUGGUUUAGUAACCU